AUGGCGAAGGCGAAACCCAACUUGAUCUUCGCAUACGGCACACUGAAGCAAGGAUUUCCCAACCAUGGUUUAAUGCAAGAUCUGAAAACCAAUGACGACGCCGUUUUCAUAGAUACAUCCCACACGGAGGACUCAUAUCCUCUAGUCUGCGGACCCCACGGGAUACCGUAUCUGAUCAACUUACCCGGGUCGGGUCAUCGGGUGAAGGGCGAGGUUUACGCCGUGUCUGAUGAUGCGGUGGUUCGCCUGGACGAAUUCGAAGGUGUGAAAAAUGGGUAUUACGAACGGAUUCCGGUAGUGUGUGUGACGGAUGGUGGGGAGAAGGUGAAGGCGGAGGGGUAUUUUGGGCAUAGAAGCUUUGGGGAGAUUUUGUGGAAGAAGAAGGGUGAGGUUGGGUUGAUAGAAUAUGGGGAGAAUGAAGCGAAGGAGUAUGUGAGGAAAGAGGAUAGACCUGGUUGUAAAAACAGUAUUCUUGACAUCUUAAUUCGUUAG